AUGCCCAACAAAACCACUAAGGUCAAGCAGGCCAAAAAGGCGAAAGCGGCUGACUACUACGACAAGAAAGAAGAGAAGGACAAGAGGAAUCGAGUGCCUGCGGCGGAUGCAUAUGCAGUUGAUGGGGAGCAGGUAAACCAGAGACCGAAGACCACAGCCAACAGCUUCCAACGCCUGCUCGAUAAGGAGGCGGCGGAGGGCAAGAGGGCGACCUCAGAUUUGAAGAAGGCCAGCGCAAAGAGCAAGAAGGAUAAGAAGAAGCUCAUGUCUACGAGCAAUGCGUCUGCAGCAGACAAGGAAGAGGUGAGGGAGGGAUGA